AUUGUACGUUGUCAAGGUCAAUGCCAGCUCAAUCAAUGGAAAAAGCCAAUAGAAAAGCGACGAAAUAAUUUUCUUUUUCCCAAACUCAAAUUGGCUGCCUCGUGCAGUGCGUGUGAAGUUAUCUAGUUAUAUAGUUAAGUCUUCGUCUUCUUCAAAAGUCUCUUCAGUAUAGAGCUUUAAAUUAAGGAACUCCCGUCUCAGUUCUCACCAAGACUGAAACUUUUAGUUUGGACGACGAGACCUACUGUCUUAUUUUUCGAUUUCAAAUCUCGAUCUAAUCUAAGUCAAUCAAAUUUUUAGUGUGCCCGAGUUUAAAACUCGCAUCAGACUGUGAAGAUGGUGUCCAACGAGGCUGUGGCGAAGAUGCAGCUUCGUCAAAACUACCGAAACUUGUGGCAUACUGACCUUUUCGGCUCCAUCAGUCAAGACACCCGUUAUUGCUGUUUUGCGGUUUUCUGCCCCCCAUGUGUGUCUUACCUGCUUCGGAAACGAGCACUUUACAAUGACAUGUCGAGGUAUGUUUGUUGUGCUGGUUAUAUGCCCUGCAGCGGCAAGUGUUACGAAAGUUCUUGUCCCGAAUUUUGCCUCUGCACUGAGGUUUUCUGUUGCUUCGGAAAUUCGGUGGCCUCUACUCGUUUUCUUUUGCAAGAUGAAUUCAAUAUCCAGACAACUCGCUGCGAUAAUUUUAUUAUUGGGUUUAUGUUAUGCCUUCAACAAGUUGCAUGCAUAUUUUCUCUAAUUGCAUGCAUUGUCGGAGGUGAUGGACUUCAGGAGGCUUCUCAGAUAUUGAAUCUGUUGGCUGAUCUAGUUUAUUGCUCGGUUUGUGCAUGCAUGCAGACACAACACAAGGUUGAAUUGGACAAAAGAGAUGGUGUUUUCGGUCCACAACCUAUGUCAGUGCCCCCUGUUCAACAGAUGUCUCGCAUCGAUCAGCAAUAUCCUGUCUCAGUUGGAUAUCCACCACAGCAAGGUGCUUAUGGACAGCCCUAUGCUUAUCCUCCUGCUUACCCGCCUCCGGCACAAAGUUAUCCUCCUGCUUACCCGCCUCCGGCGCAAGGCUAUCCUCACGCUUAUCCACCUCCUGGCUAUUCUAGGUGAUCACAUUUUCUGUGUUACAGCCUGCCCACGGCCUUCAGUCCAAGGUGAUGCUUUUGCUGUGUUGUUUGUUGAUUUGCCUGUGAACUUUCUAAGCCUGUUGAGAUAUUAACUGGGUUUUGAGUGGACCUGCAACUCUUCUCAGGUGUUUACUUGCCAGUAGUCUAUUGGUAUAGAUGUAUAAUUGUGUGAUUUGAUGUCACCAUUGUUGAUUAAAAAAUACAGGAUUGUUAUCUCUUCCGCUGUCAA